CCCCUUCAAAAUGGUCAUAAUGGUAAAUUUUGUUAUUACUGUAUUUUACCACAGUUUUUUUUAAGUGGGGGCUGGGAAAAAGAGAAACCCCAAGUGUGCCUUCGAGAAUAAAUUUGAGGAUGCAAAUUUGAGAGGAACUUCUUGAAGAAGCCCCCAAAAGCAUUCCUCGCUCCCCUUUUCCAUUCCCAGGGGAUUGUUGGACAUUCUCAGUGUGAUUAAGUCGACUUUUUAUUUGACUGGAAGCAGUACCCAAGGACACAACAGAGAUUCUUAUACUGUGAUAAGGAAAUGAGACAAGGAAAGCCUGCAUGGAAACCUGGCCUUUUAAAUCCUGCAGUUGUGCUGUAGCAAAAAUGGCAAUAGAAUUAGUCUGAAGGGCUUUGGAAGAAAUUUUACCUGCUGUGACUAGAAAUGAGUUGCACAAAACUAUUUUGGGGAAAGCACUCUGGAAAGUUACAGUUUUAAGUCAUUUAAUGUUCGUGUCCGGAACAGUCACUGAUCCAGAAAAAAAAAAAAUGUCCUGUGUCUUUUGCUAGUUAUUUCACUUGUUUGACUCUAACGAGGUAAAUACUUUUCCGGGAUCGUGAAUUGUAGAUGAUUGAAAUGAUGAAAAACAUUAAAGGAGAAUUAGAACAUAUUCUUAAGGAAGAAAUCCUUAAAAAUUUUAUCACUUAGACUAUAAGUCUGAAAACACAUGUGAGUAAACUCAUGGACAUCAGGAAAAGCCUAGUAGAAGCCACAAUACAGUAGUUCCCCCUUAUCUGCGGGUUUGUUUUCCACAGUCUGAUCCAAAAAUCUUAAAUGAAAGCCUCCAGAAAUAAACAACUCAGUGUUUUAAAUUGCAGCCAUUCUGAAUAGUGUCAUGAAAUCUCGUGAUGUCCUGCCACUCUGCCCACCUGGGGCAUGAAACAUUCCUUUGUCCACCUAUCCACGCUAUAUACGCCCUCCUUAGCCACUUAGCAGCCAUCUUGGUUAUCGAAUUGACUGUCCCAGUACCCAAGUACUUGUGUUCAAGUAACACUUAUUUUAUUUAAAAAUGGCCCCAAAGCGCAAAAGUAGUGAUGUUGGUAAUUCGGAUAUACCAAAGAGAAGCCAUAAAGUGUUUCCUUGAAGUGAAAAGAGUAUCGGCAUGGGUCCAGUAUUGGAAUUUGAGAUGAGUUGCGUUGGAGAUUAUCUAGGUCCUUGGGCAAUUCUUUUGGUCCCAAAGAAAAAGAGGUAUGGCAAGGCCAAUAGAUCGGGAGAUGACUACCAUGAAAACGAAAAUUUAUUAUACUCACAGAUCCUGAGAGGAAAGGGUACACCCCAUCAUGAGGAUCACACAGGGAAGCAUGAGGUUGAGAAGGACAAGCUGGGCCAGAAAGCAUGUCAGAACACUGGUGGCUGGGGAGCUGGAGGCCCCCAUGUCAGGAAGCAGCAAGCUCAGAAGAGUGAUAGAUCCAACAAACAUUUAUUCAGUACUUAUGACAAGUCGAAAAGUAUGACCGGCAUAAGAAACAGCUUUGUUGCUUUUUUGAAAGAAAAAAUUAAUCAUGAGAUACUUACUUACCAUUGCAUCAUUCAUCAAGAAGCGCUUUGUGCGCAGACAUUUCCAGAAGAAAUUUGCAAAGUUAUGGAAUUGGUGAUUAAGAUUAUCAACUCCAUUAUAGCUAAAGCUCUUAAUCAUCGCCAAUUUAAAGAAUUUUUAGUUGAAAUGGAGAGUGAGUACGCAGAUCUUCUACUGCAUAACAAGAUGUUUUUCUGCUCGCUCACUGUGCGGCAGGCGUUGGGGCGGAGCUGGGGUGGAGGGUAG